UGCUAUAAACAAUCAGGGGCGGCGGGAAGGAGUGGAACUUCGAAUACAAACUACCAAUCUGUACCUUUUCAACCUGAUCAUUUAUGUCAGAUUCGUAUAUUUUCUUGCAUGCUGUACUUUCUGAAGGAAACAAAGAAUGGCAAAGUUAAAAAAGAGAAAACUAUCACAACCUCCAUCCCAGAAUGAAAAUCUACAUCAUCAAAGUAUUGUACCUACCCCUGAGAUUGAGGUGAGCCUCGUCGACCGAAUGAAGAGACGAUUUAGCACUCGCAACCCUUCAGCCUCAGAGCCCAGCGUAUCAGACGGGGAACCAUCUACAGCAUCAAGUCAAGAUUCUACAGUCAAAGAGACAGGAUCCAGAAGAAAAAUAUCAAAGAGUAACUUGGCGAAGAAAGUCACUCAAAUUGACAAGUAUUUCUCUCCAGAUGUCGGUGGAUCAAGGAGGUUAUUUCAGAGUCCAACUAGAUUUCCGAUAAGAUCGUCCUUGAUGAGCACAGGUGCAGAAGAAAGACUUGAGGGUGAACAGAUGAGUGACAGUCAGAAUAGCACUGGUCCUAUUGAGACGGAUGGACACAACUCAGACAAUACUGAAGAUGAAAAGGGAUUAGCUUCGUCAAAUGAAAUAAACACAGAUAAAGAUUCAGAUAACAGAAACAAUGAAAGUCAAACAUCAACACGUGCUAAGAAAAGAAAGUCUGAUCCCGGCCCCAGUAGAAGCCUGUCUGAUGAAGGGGAUGAGACUGGAGAACAACUUGAAGGAAGAAGGAGAAGUCAUAAUAUGUUGGAACAGUCUCAGCAAGGUCCACAGACGGUGAAAGUUUCAAAGAAAAGAACUAGCAAAAAGAAAGACACUUUAAUCAUAGCCAGUGGAGAAGUAGAGGCUCACAUGGCGGACAAGGAAUUCAUCAGUAGCCAGGUCCGGGCAAUGUCAACGCCUUUUGUUUUGGAGUCUGGACCCAGAAGUUGGAUGAAUGCUUGGAGAGCUCAACAGUCAUUUCAUGAUGACUUACCAGACAUCCCAUCAUCUCUUAUUGACAGAAUUAUCACUAAAAUCAAUUUCACCAUGGAAGAUGUUUACCAGCGACAGCUUGGACGUCAGAGACAGCGGACAACCUUAAUGAGGCUGGAUGAACUCCGUAAAGAGCCUCAGGAAGAUUCCCAGAGUAGUCUCAAGCCAUCCUUACGAGACCAGGCCAACCUACAAGAAGUCAUUUCAAGUUACCCAAGUGAGUGGCCAGGCAGUGUUGGAGAAGAAGACCAAGAGUUAGCUGAAAGGUACUCAUCCCUACGAGCAAGAUUGUUUGCUUUGAGUCGGUCUGAGACCCUUAGCAAUCAGCAAUGUGACCAAUAUAAGUCGCUUUUAGGAGUCUUAAAGAUGAUCCAUACCAACCUAGACAAGCACUGCUCAUCCCAAGACCUACGGGAGGAAGUAAAGAGGUCAAAGGAUCUGAUUUUCAAGAUCACACAGAAGCUUCAAAGUGGAGCUCUUGAUGAAGGACCUAAUGCAUCAUUGAAGAUUGGACGCAGGGACAGUAAACAGCCAUCUGUCUCAUUCACAAACCACAACGAUCUCAUCAAGACAUUGUUCAAAGUAACUGUAUCUUCUGAACCUCCUUAAAAAUCUGUCCAAUGUUUGAAUCAAAACCAACGAAAUGUAUUGUGUUUUGUAACGCAAGUAAAAGAAUCCAGGGCACUUUAAGAAAAAGAGAAGGGGUUCGCCCCGUUGUUCCUGGUUAACCGUUUGGUUAGCAGCAUUAUUGCGCCACAACACCUUUGUAAACCAUAACAGGGUGCUAUGUUAAAGGAGUAGGUCUCGAAAUUCAAACGUAGUUCCAAAUACCUAGCAGGAAUAUACUGAAUGUUGAAGCGCCUUGAGCGUCACUGAGUGACUGAUAUGAAAGCUAUAUAAAAAGCAUAUUAUUACAUUAUUUAACUUUGAUAUUUACGAUGCUUUAAGCACAAAAAAAUACAACUUUAGAAAGUAUUAAAUUGUCCACUGUAGGGUUGGAGGGCUGCCUUUAGGAAAGGCUUGAAGUAUUGUGGAUCAUUCUUGCACCGUUUGGUAUAAACCAAGCCGAGUUAAUGAGGUACAAUUCUUUUUAUAAAGCCUAUUAAGCAUAGACAAUUAAAAUGUAAUUUCUGGUCUUUCUUAUCAGCAUAGUGUCGGUCAAAUCCUGGUUGUGACAGUGUCCUUAGGCAAGACACUGGACACCUUUGGUAAUUGUCAAAGACCUGUCUUCUCACUUUGUGUGUCUCA